GAAUAAAAUAAAAGAAGAAAGAACAAUGAAGUUUCUAGUUUCCACCUUCUUUUUAUAAUGUUGUGGAAGAGCUGUGCAUCCUUUACUAAUUGUUAAUUUUUGCAGAUCUAUUAUAGUGACUCAUGUGAUUGAAGUAUAUACGAUUUUGUAUUUAACUUAGCCUUCUAGACUAGCAAUUUUUCAAACGAUUCUUUAAUACUGUACUUGAAGUUGAACAAUCAAAUUUGGUCUUUCAAUCAUAACCUCAAUUUGUUUGCCGCCAGCUAAUCUUCUGUAAAACCUGAAUGGAAUAUUUUCUAAAUUCUAGUUGACAUGAAAUAUUCACCAUUCUUCUCUCCAGAAGUCUGUUUGAGAUUAUUUCGUAUAAAAAGAAUUUUAUGCUGUAUACUUGUUACGUUCGUAAUUGGGUGUUUGAUCUCUCUUUCAUCUUUGACGCCAGAUGAAUGCCAUUGCAACGGUGAACCGUCUAAACAGCAAUAUCACUUGAACAAUAAAGGACAUAAAUUGGGGAUUGUUGUGCCAUUCCGAGAUAGAUUUGAAGAGCUGCUUGAAUUUGUUCCUCAUUUACACAAUUUUCUAAACGCUCAGAAUCUUAAUCAUGCUAUUUAUGUUAUAAACCAGGUGGAUCAGUACAGAUUCAACAGAGCGUCUCUGAUCAACGUCGGCUUCACGAUGGCCGUGACGGAAGGAGGCUGUGAUUACAUUGCAAUGCAUGAUGUCGAUCUUCUGCCCAUGAAUCCAUUGCUCUCCUACGCAUAUCCUCACAAUGGCCUCUUCCACGUUGCAUCGCCUCAGCUGCAUCCGCGCUACCAUUAUUCAACGUUUGUUGGAGGCAUACUACUAGUCAAAAGAGAGGAUUUCGAAAAAGUGAAUGGAAUGAGCAACAAAUACUGGGGAUGGGGCCUUGAAGACGAUGAAUUUUUUGUUAGACUGAAGGAAGCUGGCUUAAACAUCAGUCGUCCUGGCAACCUUACCUCAGGGAUUGAGGGAACAUUCAGGCACAUGCAUGAUCGCGUUUGGAGAAAAAGAGACAUGGCGAAAUGCUACAACCAGAGAGAGGUAACGCGUCGUCGGGACCGGAUGACUGGAUUGAACGAUGUUAAGUAUAUAAUACAAUCAAAGUAUAAAUUGACCAUCAAUACGGCUUCAGUUGAUGUCAUUAAUGUGGCAUUGAAGUGUAAUCGCACUAUGACUCCAUGGUGUCUGUGUAGUGAAGAAAAUAAAUCUAGUACAGGCUACUCAAAAAACAGUAAGGAUAAACUUAAACAAAAGAAUUCAAAGUCGGUUAGGUGACAUCAGUCUGAAAAACAGUGAUUCAUUUGCGAUCAAAACCUUGUUAUUAUGGAUAGCUUAUUGUUAUUAGUCCCUCGUACUCGUAGUCAUCGUUUUAAUUUGAAUUGUAACUUAUAUUGAGCGCUGUAGCUCUAAUAUGUUUUAAGUUGUGUUAGGUAUAGUACAGUAUAUAAGGUUGUAUAGUGUUAAGGCUCCUUGCAAUGGUUUCUGAAUUAAGAUUAAUUUUUAUUAUCUAGUUUUCCACACUACAUCUAGAAUAUUGUUAUUGCUUUUUGGAUUUUCUCAAUCCAAUAAAUUGGAAAUCUGUGAACAAUAACCUAAGUUAAUUAUAAGUGGGUCUCUUUGUAGCAAUACACGGGAUUAAACACGUAAAUCUAAGUCAACAAUGAUGUCUUUAGGUGACGAUACAAUAAUAAUGAAGAAAUGGUAAAUAUAGAAAAUAUAGGUACAUUGAAUGCUUGCUUCUGUAAAGAGAAACAUUUUUAUACUCUUCAAUAUUUUAUAAUUAUUUUCUAAUGAUUCAAAUUGGAAGUGUAUAAUAAUAUAAUAACACUCUCUCGAAGUCAUUAAAAAAAAUUAAUAUUGCAAUUCAAUAAGCCAUUCAAAUUCACACUAAACUUGCAAGUGCCUAAAUUAAGGAGUUCUCUAAAAUGGAAUGAUAAUAUCAAUGGCACAUUAAGUCGAAUUCUUAUUGCGCAGUGAUUUGAAAGGUGUGAACUGAUAUUAUAUUGAAUAGAUUUGAGCAAUUUUCUCCCAACCUAUUUCAUUUUUUAUGCCAUCUUUGAAUCGUAAUUCCUCAUGUUUAAUACAACCUUUAUUUAUUUUUUCAUUUUCGAUUGUAACUCAACUGAAGCUCAUCCCAUGCACGAAAAUAUUCAGUCAUAUCAAUAAGUCAAUUCCUUCUAUAUGAGUUUCUAAUUAUUUGCGGUAAACUUCUGGUGGAUAAAUAUUCUCAUGUUUUCUAUUCAGCCAAAUUCUUGGUCCGAAUCUAAUAAUAAAAUUGUUGUUUUGACCUGCUGCGGAGUCACUGCAUAUGAGAUCAUCUUAUGAUUCGACCUCAUUGUCAAAUUCUAAAGAAGUAUGAUAUGAGCUGCAAAUUUCUUUGCUCCCUCUACUAACAAAAGCCUCAGUCCAGGUACAAAAGCUAGCUAGAUUGCUAGAUUUAUUGACGAUGCGCAUUCCAAAAUAAUUGUAAAACCACUGCUUUAGAAUUCCUUGAAAGUUGAAAGUUCAGAAAUGUCAUUGAAUAUCUAUAUCAUAAUAUAUAUUUGAUUCAUUCUUGGCCUUCUCCCUGUCAGUGUUCUCAUAACAUGGUAGGCAGCAUUGUAGUUGAGAAUUUUCAGAAUUAGCUUCAUCAGAAUCGCAAGUGCUGCAAGUAUCACUCGUAGGCAUAGACAAUAUUAUAAGUUAGUGAAACUCAAUUUACACAAUAAUUUAUUGUGUUUACACUCACAAUUUCAUCUACAAUUUACUUAAUAAUUUUUCUCUCCCAUUAAUCCAAUGGAUUUUUCACCUCUGUAACAAUUCCUUUAGCUCCAGGAAUAUAAACAUUCAAAUUUCUGGCUAGUGGACUUCCCCUUCGAACUGGCUCAUUUAACCUCAAUCUAUGGAAAUUUUUCCCUACUAGAGUUGCGACGUUCUGUUGUCGAUCUGGUACAGGUUCAGAUUUUGGAAAAGGAUUUUCAUCCACACUUUCAAAGUCUGAAGGUUUACUCUCUUCUGAAACAAAAUCAGGAUCCUUGUCACCAUCAUCACGUUCAAAAAUACUAUCUUCAUCUUCUGAUGCAAUAGUAUAUUCUGAGUUUAUUCAUGAGUUGCUGUAGUAUAUUCAAAUUAAACAAUUUAAAUGUUCUGGGAAAUAGUUUAAAGCUUCAGCUAUUUUGAAUUAUUCAGGUAUGAUAAAUUUUGUAAUGUAAAAACGUUUCCAAUUAUAGAGAUGAGAAAAUGAAAACUGCGACUAUGCCCUGUUUUGGAAAGCCAAUUAUCUGACUCCAGCUGUGUAAAGUCCAGAACUUAGCCAAAUCCCAAGCUUGAAAACCGGCCCUAAUAGUAUAUCAGCAUUUUUGUCACAUCCAUGGUCUUCAAAUAAUUUCUCAGCAUCCUUGUCACAUCCAUGGUCUUCAAAUAAUUUCUCAGCAUUCUCUUCACGUCCAUAAUCUUCAUGACUUUUUCGUUCUGUCAUCUCCAGGAACAAUUCAGUUGAAAGUUUGAAUGAAAGCUGCACCACCCUCCCCUACUUAAAAGAUAAAAAUGUUUCGUUUUAGACGAUUAGUUAUUAAGCAAGAUGACAUAAAUAGUAUAAGUUGUUUACUAUUCAAAAUCCUACAUUAUUUAUACAGGAACUUGGCCCUCCUGGUUUUGGCUGCGAAUUUCUGUAUGACUACAUUGAAGAAGUCAUCCUUCUCUCUCAAAGACUCCAAUAGCUCCUUCUCUAUCGACAUUAGAGCAAGAUUACUCAAUCGUUCUUCUGGCUGGAUCUUUUAUAGGUGUGGAUCUUUUUGAGUGCAGAAAAACUGCGCUCCACGAAUCUUGUGGUUGCUGGAAUUGUGCAGGUCAAAUUCGCCAGUGGGAACACCUCUUUAAAUGAUGAAUCCAAGCUUUCUCGUUUCAUGAAUUGUGUCAAUUAAACUUGAGAUCUCUUUUGAAAUACUAAAGUACAGUCAAUAGAUCACUACCAAUUUACUUUUCAGUCCUUGUGUUAGAUAUUGAAGACUAUAAAAAAACUAAAAGAUUUCGGUAACAAGCUUUCCUUCCCUUCGGUGAAGGGAAGGAAAUUUGGCACUCACUUUUUUGUCUGGUGAGGGAUUUUCAGGGCCCAAAUAACGUCGUCAGUGGUGGACGUUUGAGACGGCAAGGGUCUCCACGUAGACGGCACGGUCUCGUUGAAGAAGAGUAGAGGCAGCACUGGUAUCGAGCUAGCUCACGGAGCCGGCAUUGCGUACAGCAGUACAGCAGAACGUCUGGUCGUGCACUGAGUCGUAGAAUAGUGGAAUACAAUUGUACCAUUGUUCUUCACCCCUAUCGCAAAUUACGUAAUGUCAGGAACGGGUGGGAAAGGCGAAAUAGAAAGAUAAAUAAGAGAGAGAGAGAGAAGUAGGGUUGAACACCUUGAAAAUAGAAAAAAAUAGGAUAGAGUUGUUUCAACAAACAAAUAGAGUGUCAGGAAACAUAUCUGGAGUGGGAUAAUGUUCAAAGGUCUAGUAAUUCAGAAGUUCAAAAAAUCUUGAGCUUACCAAUGUUGAAAAUUGAGCUUGGAUGUGUCCAAUUAAAUUAUCAACAAUUGAAUAAUACAGCCUCCUGUAUUUUUGUUCAAGAGAUAAAUACUCUUCCUUGGUAUUAUUUCCAGUAUUGGGGGGUUGGUCCACGGUGGAUACAGUUUUAUCCCCACACUGAUUUGAAACCUACUGUUUUGCAUUGCUCACAUAGUAUAUCAUUUCUUUUAGUUUUCUUUUUCUUGCAAUCUUUGCAAUUGAUUACCCCUUUCCGAUAAGAUUUUAGCUCAUUUUCAAAGUCUCUUAUCACAUUCAAACAUGUCAUUAUGUCCGCUUGCUCACUUUGCAAACAUUUUAGAUCACAUUAGUUCGUGAAAAUAAUGGCAAAAAUGUGUUUAGAAGAAACACAGUCUGUAAACUUUCAAGAUACGGAAUAAAUCCCAUAGCAGUGCAUCUAUCUGCUCCUUUCCACUCAUAAUUUCCGUUUUCAUUGAUACUAUUGAAAAAAAGCUCUCUACUCUGUGAGUUUCAAUAGUGCAAGUCGAGAUGUGAAAUACCACCUGGUGGGUGUGAAGGAUAGUAUAGACUUCUUCAAAUAUUGUUGAACCACAAAUUAUAUUUUUGAAGAAUGCGAGGAGAAUGUUGAUAUCCCAUUGAUAGAAGAUAGAAAUACAUUCAACUCAAGAAUCUCAAUCAUCCCUAAUGAUAGUACAAGGUUGAUAUCAUGUGCGUAGCAAUGUGUGAAAAGGGCAGUCAGGAACAAUCUUUUUUCUGAAGACCUGUCAAGUGACCUGACAAUGGCUGCUCCAUCGUAUGUUUGAGCCACAAAUUUAUCAGCAGAGUUGUAAGUUUCUACAGAUCUUUUAACAUGAGCUAACAGUCAAUCCACGGAACAAUUAGCACUAACAUUGGUAAAUCCAAUGAACCGCUCCUCAAUGAACUCAUUUUCAUGCACAAAUCUCAGAAUUGUAGACAGCUGCAAUUUUUUCUCAUGUCAGAAGUUUCAUCUAGCAUUAUAGUAACAAAGCUUGUGUUUUUUAUCUCUCCUUGAAUUUCUUCAUUUACAAUGUCACUUAUAAUUGUUAUUAGUUCAUUUUGAAUAUCACUAGAUGUUACUUGAAAAACCAUUGUCUGUUGUCAGUCAAACCAUGACUGUUUUGGGUCUAGAUGAUUUGUUAAAUUUGUUACAUGCUUGUUAAAUGAGUGCCACCAAAUCAAGAUGAGCAUUGGUGAAUAAAGGCUCAUAAUCCUCUUGUAUUUCAAUUAACUCUUGAAUUCUUAGAACGCAAUUUUCAAAAUCCUCUAAUGUUUUCGGGAGAUUUUCAACUAAAACAAUAAACUGUUCGGCCACUUUCUUAUCUUCGAUGCCUUUAGAUAA